CUGAUUUUGAUUAAUUAUUGCACUUUUGUUGUUAAUAUUCUUUCUUAUAAUUUAUAUUAAAAGUUUACAAAAUAUAUAGUAUUUUUGUGUAAUUGUCAAUACUUUUGUCCACCGGCGUUCCAUGAUAGACGCAUGACAAGCUCUCCUUUGACGAUCGGCUUAUAUUCCAUAUUAUUUGUAUUUGGAACUAGAGUAUUUAGAUCUGUUCUGGAUUUGGAUGAAUAUAGUGGUUUACUAGAUUAGGAAAUGAUGUUUAUUAUUUUAGUGUGUAUUUUAUAGUAUAAGCUGUGAUUUUGUUUCAUUGGAAGAUCUGUCAAGAAACAAGAAGACAACAAACAACUAACUAGAAUUUUAUUUGUGGCCAGUGAAGUGUACUGUGUUGUCUGCGUGCAUAGGUUUCAAUAAUUAACGAGAGUUAUACUUAAUUUUUUUCGUGCCUUCGUAGAUUAUUAUUAUUUACAGCGGUUUCUACACUGAGACUUUGGACGAUCUGGGACGUGAUCUGAGAUCGGGAAAAUACCGGAAAUGCCCCUGGCCAUCAGUGUAAGCUUCACCUCAAUUUUCUGACGAAGUAAGAAAAGCAUCCCUUAAGAUAGUCUUCAAAUUCAAGAUCAGAUCAUAUUUCUUUCAACCGGUACACUGGACGGAGAAGGUGGUGGUGGUGGGAUGGCGGCGAGUCCCUCGCCCCAAUCCUCUCCCAUGCCCCCUCCUCAAGUUCCCUCACCGAUGGGACCUCCCCAACAAGCCCCCUCUCCCAUGCCCUCCCCCUCUGCCCAAAACACUCCAGCCAUGGGCCCCCCUCAGCACCAUCCCCACAGUCCCACUAACUACAACCAAGGAGGGCCUCCACCUGGUCCCAUCACUCACAUGAAUGGGCCAUCUGCCAUGCAACAGGGAACUCAAACCUUUCAGCAACAUUCAAUGGCUCAAACUCAAGGACAACAGCCCGUUCAAGCUGGAACACCCCAAGAGAACCUGAAUGCUCUACAGAGAGCCAUUGACUCCAUGGAGGAGAAAGGGCUACAAGAGGAUCCUCGCUACUCACAGUUGCUGGCCCUCAGAGCUCGGCAGGGCACCAUGGAGCCCACUCGCACCACCCAGGUCUAUAAUCUACAACAAUGAUUAAUUAGUUAAGCC